AUGCCUACAGACCCCGAACUGCGCUGGAGGCUGGACAUCAUGUACGCGAGGAUCCGCAUGGACAACGACGACGACGUCACGGGUAUCAACCUGUCGUUCAUCAACCCUGACCCUUCUGCUGCUACCGUCGUCCCCAAAUCUUCAUCUACUGCCGCGUCCCCCGACCGGAAGUCUUUAUCUUCUGUUGCUGACCCCGACGACAGCGAUGACGGCGACGACAAGAGCCCCGCCGCGGCAAACAUUGGCCCCGCGUCCACCGCCACCGCCGCCCCCGCUGGGUCUUCGCAGUCUUCUGCCGUCGACCCGAAGGCUUCGGCCCCGGCCAACGUUGGCAACAACCCCGCCUUGGGCAUGUCCAUGGCCGAUUUGAUCACGGGCAAGGCCCGUGAGGCUCGCGACGUUGGCAGCGCCGUCAACGUGGACGGGGACAAGGGCGGCGGUGGGGGCAGGAGUCCUUCGACAGCCCUUCAACACAAUACGUGGACUGGUAGUAAGAACAAGACACGGAACCAGCAGCAGCGAGGCCAGUGCAACGGCCAGAGCAACGGUACCGGCGAAAAUACCAGCAACGGUAACGGGAACAACAACGGCAACAGGAACAACAAUGGCAACAGCAACAACAACAGCGGUAACAGCAACAGCGACCGCAGCUCGUACACCCACCCCGGACCUACAGUUCCACCCCGACUUCACCCUGAAGGACAAGUCUUGCUCGCGAGGCUCCUCAACCCGGCCAGAACAUCCAUGGCUUACGCCUCCCCCACUGACGGCUCCGUAAUCCUCGCGACGGCUAUCGGCAAUGCUCCGCGGGACGCAGACGGCAACACCACCGGUCCGGUGACGCAGAAUAACCGAACCCUGCUCACGGCCAACCCGAGGAAAAUGUCCAAGGUCCGAGCACUUCGAUCCGAGAACAUUGUGGCUGGGCUCGAGAAGAAGAGGGUGGCUCGCGAGGGCCGGACCCUCCGGGAGGGGAAGUUGGCCACCCUCAUGGGCUUCAUGCCCUUCGGGAAGCACGGCUUCCUCAGGAGAAGGGCGAGGGAGCACGUGGAGGCGUACAUGGGCGAGGCGACGCUCUCCAUCACCAACAAGGGCGGCCUGGGAGUAUCGGUUGACGGAAUCGUCGUGCUCCGGAAGUCUGGGCCAUAUUGUUUUGGGUUCCGCCGAACAGAUCGGUCGUACGAACUGCGAGUGACCGAAGCGGGGGUGGUUAUCUCCAGGAGAGGGAUGUACGACUGGGGACUCAAGGCUCAGGAUCCCUAG